CUUUGAAAUGGAAAGGCUUGUCCUUUUAAGAACAGACAGGGGCAGAGGUGAUGUUGAAAGCAAAUUGUGUAGCCUAUUAUUUAAACCCUUGGUAAGAGGCAGCAGGUGUGGCUACUUGCUCUCCAAAACUAAGGAAAUAACUGUCUAAAAGUCUUAAACAUGAAACUUAAAUGGGAAGCAAAUGUCUGAAAAGUUAGAAGUACAUACGUACAUCAGGCCACGAGGAAAAUGAAUACAGAAAGGGAGAAUCCAAACACAGUGCCACAGCAAGUUUGACCAGAUAUAAAGAAUUCCAUAUUUGACAAGAAGAGGACAGGAUUUGACUAAGAUUAUUAAAAGCUUAAAAAUAAAGACAAGACGUUCUGCAGCUACCACCACAAGGAACAAGUAUAACUUGGAGAUGGCUGAGAAUGAGAAAGAAGGAACCACUGCUAUCCCACUCGAGGAAAUGGGAACUAAACUACAGGAGCCAGCAAAAGAGCAGAAGCCAGUCACCAUAAGUGAAGCAGAGCAGAAGACAUUCACAGUAGCGGAGGCUGUAGAAACCAUUGGCUUUGGAAGAUUUCACAUUGCCCUUUUUAUGAUAAUGGGAAGCACUGGUGUGACAGAAGCCAUGGAAAUUAUGCUGAUUGCUGUGGUGAGUCCAGUCAUCCGGUGUGAAUGGCAACUUCAAAACUGGCAAGUGGCUUUGGUGACCACUAUGGUGUUCUUUGGUUACAUGGUAUCCAGUGUCAUAUUUGGAGUUCUAGCUGAUAGAUAUGGCCGAUGGAAGAUUUUAUUCUUCUCUUUCAUCUGGGGAGGCUAUUUCUCCUUGCUGACAUCAUUUUCCCCAUCGUACAUCUGGUUUGUCUUCCUCCGAACCAUGGUGGGAUGUGGCGUGUCAGGUCAUGCACAAGGGUUAAUAAUAAAAACAGAAUUUUUGCCUACAAAAUACCGGGGCUAUAUGUUGCCAUUAUCACAGGUGUUUUGGUUGACAGGCUCCUUACUAAUUAUUGGUUUGGCAUCUGUGAUUAACCCAACCAUUGGAUGGCGGUGGCUGGUUCGGGUUGCUGCUCUUCCAGGCAUUAUUCUCAUCCUAGUAUUUAAGUUUAUCCCAGAGUCUGCCCGGUACAAUGUCUCAUGUGGAAAUGAGAAGGCUGCCCUUGCUACCCUGCAGUGGAUUGCUAAGAUGAAUCGUUCUGUUAUGCCUGAAGGAAAAUUGGUAGAACCUGUAGAUCAAAAAAGGGGUAGAUUGAAAGACCUUAUGAAUCCCAAAUACUUAAGGACAACCCUACAAAUAUGGAUUAUAUGGCUUACCAUAUCUUUUGCUUAUUAUGGUGUCAUCCUGGCAAGUGCAGAGUUAUUGGAGAAGAACCUGGUUUGUUCAACAGAAGGAGGAACAGUAAAAGAAGAAACUGGUGAUACUUUUGAAGGGAUCCGGAGUCCUUGCUUCUGCCAUCUGUUUGCCCCAUCGGAUUAUCAAAUCAUGUUCAUCAGCACAGUUGGAGAGAUCGCAUUAAACCCUUUAAAUAUUCUGGGCAUCAAUUUUCUGGGAAGGCGAUUGAGCCUGGCAAUAACCUUGGGAUGCACUGCAGUCUUCCUCCUCCUCCUCAAUAUUUGCACGUCAAACGUUGGUCUCAUUGGUUUUCUCUUUAUGCUGCGUGCCUUUGUUGCUGCAAAUUUCAAUACUAUCUACAUUUACACAGCAGAGGUUUAUCCAACUCCAAUGAGAGCCCUGGGCCUGGGGAUCAGUGGUUCUCUCUGUCGUAUUGGUGCAAUGACAGCACCUUUUAUAGCACAGGUGCUUAUGAAUGCUUCUUUUCUGGGAGCUCUUUGCCUUUUUGCUUCAGUUUGUGUUGUGGGUGCAAUCUCUGCUUUCACUCUGCCCAUUGAGACCAAAGGGAGAGCACUUCAGCAAAUGAAAUGAAGACAUCGGAGCGGAGUCCUGCAAGAUACCACUGCAUCUCACCAGUUUGAGCUGGCAUUCAUCAAUAGGACAACUGUGUUUUUCUCCAUAUAUAUAUAUUUAAAAAAUAUAUUGUAAACCUGAUGUAUUUCCAUGACUUCAAAUGGAAACUUCUGCAUAGCUUAAACAAUUAGAACUAAAUUCCAGAUGGUGGUUUUUAAAAAUACCUUCACAGCAGCAUGUUUAACCAGGGUUUAAAAGGAUGCAUAACUAGAGUCGAAGGUCUGGUCUCCAUUCAGAAUAUGCUAUUCACAUCAGAUAAAAGUAAACAGGAAAUGUUUGUUACAUAGAAAUUAGCUGGCAGCAUAUGAAGUAGUUGGUGAUGUAAGUAUCCAAACAUGGAUUAAGAAGAUGCACUCCCAACAUUUCACAAAUAGAAGACAUUAAAUUGUUGCUUCCUCAAUUGUUAUAUUUCAUUCUCAUCACUAGAGUUUUGAUGCAGCUAAUUCAAAGACAUUAGGAGAAACUUCUUGAUAGUAAGGACAGUUUGACAGUGGAAUAAAACUGCCCCACAGGGUAUACUUUCUUUUUUUUCUGAGAUCUAUAAUGAGGCCAUCUCCCAGGAGUGCUUGAAUUGGAUACUCCUCCAAAAGGGGAUUGGGACUAAAUUGUCAUUACAGUCUCUUUCAACUGAUUCUAUACUGAACAAUACCACUGCAUUCCGCACAUAAACAUAAACUGAAUUUCUCUCUUCAAUCUCCAUGUCAAUGUCAGAACACACAGUAAGUUCAGACAGAUAUGGGUCAAUUCUAUUGCCCCUGGCCAUAAAAAAACAAUUGAAAAACAGGGAAGCCACAGAAUGUCAUGUUGGAGCCAAAUGUAACCUUAUUGACAUCUUCAUUAGAAUUGGGAACUUAUUUUGUUUGAGAUACAGCUGUAAAUAUCAACUGGAGAAAUAAAUAACGUUCAUCUGGCAGCACUGUUGGGGUGGUGAUCAGAAUACAUAAGUUCCCUGCCCAGCUGUCCCUCUUAAGAUUUCAGAUUUCUCUCACCCAACAAUAUAUUUGAUUGAAAUCCACUUGUUCUCCCAUGGAACUCAGUGCAUAUCUAAAUGCAUAUCUUCAUACUAAACCGAUAUGCAUGCCAAUGAAUGUUUUCACAUGUGUUGUUUGAUAAUAAAUCAGUAGGAAAGAUGGUAUUCACCAGCCUUUAUUUUACAUUUAUUUUCAACAGUGGGGAUUUUAGACCUAGCAAUGUUUAAAACCCACACUCAAUUUGUAGGGAAUUAUUCACAACACAAAAUUUAUUCUUUAAUUAGUAUCCAGUACACCUGUUGUUAGGAGCCCCCAGUGGUACAGAGGGUUAAACCGCAGAGCUGCUGAACUUGCUGACCGAAAGAUCAGUGGUUCGAAUCCAGGGAGUGAGAUGAGUUCCCGCUGUUAGGCCCAGCUUCUGCCAACCUAGCAGUUCGAAAACAUGCAAAUGUGAGUAGAUCAAUAGGUACCACUCCAGCGGGAAGGUAAUGGUGCUCCAUGCAGUCAUGCUAGUCACAUGACUUUGGAAGUGUCUACGGGCAAUGCCAGCUCUUCAGCUUAGAAAUAGAGAUGAGCACCACCCCCCAGAGUCAGACACGACUAGACUUAAUGUCAAGGGGAAACCUUUACCUUACACCUGUUGUUAGAAUAGGUGUAGAGUUACUAACAGUUUAAAAUAUAUGGAAUUCUUAACAGUGUGCUAAAGACUUGUUACAUGUGUUUUGUUUUGUGUUAAAGAUAAUGCUACAGAUUCAGUAAGUAAAACAUGGUAUAUUUCACUGAGCAAAUCAAAAUUUAUUAAAAUCUAAACCCAAUUUAAGAUGACGGGUUACCUAUUCUAUGCUAUGGAUAAUUUUUUUCUAGCUAUUUGAGAUAAAUAGCAUAGAAAGAGUGGGAGUCAACAAGAACUGCAUUUAAGACUGCCUAAAUGCUUGCCAUAUUAACUAGGGAAUCACAAUAAACUGUACAAGAUUUCUUUUCAUAUGUCCACAAUAAUACAUUAUAAACACAUUUUUUCUAAGUAUUUUAAUUAAUCUCCUCACUUCUUGCAUUUUAGAACAUAAGUUGCAUUGAGGGGGCAGCAACACUCUCAUUGUACCAGUGCAGAUCUUAGGACAAUAUGAAGCCAUGUGUUUUUUCUCUCUUCAAAGGCUAUACAGUACAAAGAACGGAAACAAUGGCCAGCCACAUGCCUUUGUAAAAUUAAUUUUGAAUGAGUUCAUAUAGUUUUAAAACAGUAAGAGCCACACAUUAAAUGUUUUUCCAAAUUUAA